AUGACAAUUAUGGCACAAAUGGAAACAGCAACCAUGUUUGAAACUGUGACAGCUAAAACAAAAAAUUUACCAUCAACUAGUAAACAUGAACGUCCUAAACGAGAAUGUCGUUCACGUAAACGUACAUAUGAUAUUGAAUUAUAUUCAUCAAAACGUCUUAAAUAUGAUCAAAUUGAUAGUGAUGAACCAAUUGAUAAUCUUUGUACAUUUGGUUUAACAACAUCGGAUACGGAUGAAGAUAAUGAUACAGAAUCAAAAUGUUCAACAAGUGAUGAUACAGAACAAUCAUUAGUAAAAAUACCUGAUGAUAAUAGUGACAUUGAAGAAAUUGAAGAUGAAACAGGAAAUAUUUAUUUUUCUAAACUUUCAUCGGAUCAACAUCGACAUAUUCCAGUUGUUUUAAAUGAAACAAUUAUUCAACAACAACAAGCAUUAAGUAGACAUUCAAAACGAUUAAUAUCACAAUUUAAAUAUUUAUAUGAUCAUGGAUUAAGAAAAUCUGUUCAACCAACGAAUGGUUUAGAAAUUCUUCCGAAUCAAAAUAAUGAAAUUUAUCUAGAAAAAUUACGUUGGGAAUUACGAAAUACAUUUAAUAGAAUUGAUCUUUUUAAAGAAGGCUAUUGUGUUUUAUCAAAUGAACCAUUUCCAUUUUAUUCACUAUGUUAUAUGUGUGGUUCAAUGGGUUCUGAGUUGAUUUAUUGUACUAAUUGUUGUGAAGCAUAUCAUCCAACAUGUUUAAAUGAAUAUGAACGGCCUCGAUUAGAUUCAAUAUGUGAUUUAUGGUUAUGUCCUAAUUGUAAUGUAUGUAAUAUAUGUGGUUUAUUAACUCAUCAAAAUUUUUUAUCUCGAAUGGCCAAUGAACAAAAUUUAUCUCCACAAUUAAUUUCUUGUUUUGAUUGUAAACGAAAUUUUCAUAUAAAAUGUAUAAGAAAAUUUAAAGAUGAUCAAUUGAAUGACUUUAAUAAUCUCACUAAUAAUAAUAAUAAUAAUAAUAAUUCUAUAAUAUCAUUAUCACGUUUAUCAAAUAGUUAUUUAUUAAAUCAAACAUGGUUUUGUCCAUCAUGUAUUAAAUGUGAUUGUGGACAAGCAUUAACAUCAAAUGAACGAAAUAUUCUUUCGUUAACAAAAACAUUUUCAUGUCAACAAUCAUUAAUGUGUAAUGAUUGUUUAAAUAAUAUCAAAUUAAUUCGUCUAGAAAAAAAUGAUAAUAUUGAUAAAUGUCAUUUAUGUGAAAAAUAUAUCGAACAAAUUUAUUCUAAACAACAACAACAAUUAACAUAUUUUUUACAGUGUAUUAAAUGUAAAAAUCGUUUUCAUCCAAAAUGUGAUGGAUAUUUAAAUGAAGAUUCAGCAAUUAUACCAAAUAUUACAAAUUUAUAUACACAUAUUAUUUGUUCAAAAUGUGAUUUAGAUGAAAGAAUAAAAACGAAAAAAUAUCUAUUAGAAUAUAAACUUCAAGCUAUUGAAACAAUAAUAUCAAGUAUUUUAUCACUAUCACAAAUAAUUAUAUCUGAUGAAAAUCAUUUAAAUAAACUUCAAUCUUAUAUAUUAAAUCUUCAACAAUUACAUGAAUCUCGUCAUGAAUUUUUAAAUCUUCAUAUAUUUCUUAAUGAUUUACUUUUAAUCAUUCGACGUCUUCUUACGAAUAAUGAUAUUCAACGUUGGCAAUCAGCUAUUGAUGGUUGUAUUAUUCGUCAAUGUCCAUGGUUUAAAUCUUCAUCAUUUCUAUCUAAUAAUAAGAAAAUAUCACAUCAUUCAUCAUCAAUAAAUAAUAAUUAUUUGCAACCGCCACCAUCAAUGGAUCAUACUUAUGCUUCAAAUAAUGAGCCUGUUUUAUGUGAAACAUCAAUUGAUUCAUUAUUAAAUUGUCUUGCUAAUAAUACAACUAAUAAAGAUACUCAAUUUAAUAAUCUACAUGAAAAUGAUAAACGAAAAUGUCAUAUAUGUGAAACAUUAUCUGAUCAUAUAUCAACAAAUAUUGGUCGUCUUAUAUCAUUUGGUAUUAAUCAAUGGGUACAUGUUGGUUGUAUACUUCCAGCAUAUGCAAAAAAUCUUGAUCAACCACCAUAUAUAUUACGUAAUAUACGUGAAACAGUUCUUCGUUGUCAAACAAAAUAUAAUUGUGCAAUAUGUUCAAAAUUAGGUGCUAGUGUACAUUGUAAUGAAAAUGAAUGUUAUCAACGUUUUCAUUGUGAAUGUAUACAAAAAUAUUAUUCAAAUAUUGAUAAAAAUCUUCAACAACAAUUAAAUAUCAAAAAUGGAUUUUUACCAAAUUUAACAACAUUAUGUCUGAAACAUAAUGGAAUCAAAACAAUAAAUAAUAAUCAUCGAGAAAGUGUCGAUGGAAUUAAUGAAGAUGAAUCAAAAGAUCCUUCAAAUAACAAUGUUGCAAAUCAACCAAAAUUAAAAUCUGUCAAUACUUCAUCAACUGUUUAUGGUGAUCUCUCGAAUAAUUCAGUUGAAUUUCCAUUAAUUAAUACUCGUUUAUGUAUUGGUUCACUUCAAAUUGAAUCAUUAGGAAAUUUUGAUUAUCAAAUUGAAAAAAAUGAUGAAAAUUUUUAUUCGGAAAAAAAUUAUCCAAAUAAUUACCGUGCAUCACGUUUAUUUUGGAGUACAAAAGAUCCUCAUAAGAAAACUGUUUAUCAUUUACAUAUUGAAAUUGACCAAACAUAUCAUGAUAAUAUAACAAAUCAUAGAAUAAUCGAACAUCCAAUGACAAAUGAACAAAUACAUAUUGAACAAUUAUACGAAACAUGCCGAGAAUAUUUUACUAAAUUUCAAAAGAAAAUUGAUGAUCAUUUAAAUUCUAUUGAAGAAUUUUGUCAAAAAACGAUGAUUAAUAAAAAAGGAGUAUCAAAUCAAUCAAAUUAUAAGAAAAAAACAACGAAUACUGGAACUGGUGGUGCAACGAAAAAAUUAACAAAAGGAACUCCAUCAUGUGUUAAACGCCAAACACCUAAAGCUGCAUUGAAAAAUGUUUCACGACCUCGAAAUAGAUUUGCUAAUGAAAAAAAUUCACAAAUAUCUUUAACAGCCAAACAAAAUCCUUCAAAAGAUUUCAAAGCUAAUGAUAUACAAAAUCUUUUUAAUGAUGAUUAUUUUAAAACAACUAAUGUUUCACAAUUUGCAUUAGCACUUGUACAAGCACUUCGACAUGUUGGACAAUCAACUAAAAUACAACAAGAACCAAGUACGAGUUAUUAUUCAUCAGAUCAAAAUAGUAAUUCAUCAAAUGGAACAAUACAAGAUAAAAAUAAUGAUACUCUUUUAAAACAAUUAUUAAAGAAUAUUGCUGUACCACAACAAUUAAAUUUAAAUGAUUCUCAAGUAACGACAAUGAAUUCUUCUCAUUUAUCUUCAUAUCCACCGCAAUGGCGUUCAACAAUAUCGACUCAAACUGAAACAACAUCUGUAUCAAUAUCAUAUGAUGAUAUUAGAACUAAAAGUCUUUCUCAACAUUCCUAUGCAUCCUAUCCCGGUAAUAUAUCUCUACCACAUACAACUGAUAGUAAUUCGAAUUUACUUGCAAAACCAAAAUGUAUUCCACAAGUAGAUGGAUCAAUAGAUGAUGACGAUGCUGAUGAUAAAGAUAUUACUAUAUCAUCUAUUGUAAUAAAUUCUUUAAUCGAACAAAUUAUCAAUAAAACAAAUUCUGAACGUAUUCGUACAGAUAGUGAAUAUUCAAUGGAUUUAUCUGAUUAUGUUAAAUCUCCAUCAUUAAUUAAUUUUAAUCCUAUAUCGCCAACAAAUCGUGCUCGACAAUCAAAACCUUCGGAAAAAAAUCCAUCAAUAUCUUCACAUGAUCUUAUUCAAUUAUAUAAAAAAUGGUUAAAAUUAAAUUUUUCUAAUGUGAAGUUUACUAUAACAAAUGAUGAAGGAUAUAAAUCGAUCUCGGAUGAUUUAGAUUCAGCAUGGUCAACAAUUAUUAAUCUAAUACGUAAUUGUCGUGAUGAUAUGAAUUUACAACAUUUACCAAUGACAAAUGAGGAAUUAAAUGGACAUAAAAUAUUUGGUUUAACAAAAACAAUUAUUAAAAUAAUGCUUAAUCAAAUGUAUACAAACCAACAACAAAUUGGAUCAAUUAUAUUACCUUUAUCAUCAUCAUCGACAUUAUUGAAUAAUAAUCCGACAUGUUCACUAGAAAAUUAUAAUAAAAAAAGUUCAUCAUCAUCAUGUUCAAGAUCAAAUGUAUAUGAUAGAAAAACUCGUGAACGUCAAAGAUUUGGUUGGUUAUUAAAUCAAAGUCGAAAGAUUGAAUAUGCACUUAAAUCAUUUGAAAUUGAUGAUGCACUUGCAUAUACAAGACGAAUUCUUCUUGCUGAAGCGUCUGUUAGUUUACGACUUUAUCAUUUACAUUAUUUUUCUGAACGUGCCUUACUUGUUGGAUCAUCACCAAUCCAUGGUUGUGGUUUAUUUACAUUAAUUGAUUUAGUUGAAGGACAAAUGAUUGUUGAAUAUUCUGGUGAAGUUGUUCGUCCAUGUCUAACAGAUAAACGUGAAAGAGAAAAUGAAGGAAAAGGCUUCGGUUGUUAUAUGUUUACAGUUGAUUCAAUGAAUGUUAUUGAUGCGACACAUCGUGGAAAUAAAGCUCGAUUUAUUAAUCAUAAUUGUCAACCAAAUUGUUUUGCUAAAACUGUUUUAUCAGGUGGAAGUAAACAUAUUGUUAUCUAUGCAUUAAAAGAUAUUGCUCGUGGAUCAGAAUUAACAUAUGAUUAUUCAUUUCCCGAAGAAGAUGUUAAAAUUCCUUGUCAUUGUGGUACAAGUCAAUGUCGAAUUUAUUUAAACUAA